UCACACAUUGAACAAUGUGUCAAACUCGUAAAACCAAACAUUUAAUUCCGGCACGUGGACAUGUGGUUGAGGAAAUAAGACAAAAUUAUUAAAAUAUACAAGAAUAGUUGACUUCACAUUAUAUAGAUGCAGAAAGGACGUAGCUAUGUAAAAUUAUAUCGUUAUGUAACGAAGAUAAAUAAAUUUUCAUUCAUGUUUGAUUCAUUUUAUACGAAAUUUCUUAUCACUAAACGCCAAUCUACAUCUGUCAAAUUACCACAAAUCACGACACGAGCAUACAUGAGGGGUUUAGCUUGCAAAAUAUUUAAUUGAAUCAAAAGAAUCAGCAAAGUAUUAUCUAUGAACAGAGUGUUGUAAAUAAUCAAAUUGCUGUUAAAAAUUUAACACAAUGUUAAGUAAAACAAGGUUAUUGCGCAACGUAGGCGCUUUGAAAAAUUGUCUUUCUGCUAAUAUUGAGUUCGGAAAUGCUGGUACAUUUUUAGCUCCAAUUCAAGUCAGGGAAAAAGCAAGCACACCUAUCAAUACUGUUGUUAUGUUUGUUCCACAACAAGAGGCAUGGGUAGUUGAAAGGAUGGGUAAAUAUCAUAGAAUAUUAGAGCCUGGUUUAAAUUUGCUCAUCCCAGUUAUCGACACAGUCAAGUACGUACAAAGUCUUAAGGAAAUUGCAAUAGAUGUCCCAAAACAAAGUGCCAUUACCUCUGAUAAUGUUACAUUGAGCAUUGAUGGUGUGCUGUACUUGAAGGUAAAUGAUCCAUUCUUGGCAUCUUAUGGAGUUGAAGAUCCUGAGUUUGCUAUCAUUCAAUUAGCACAGACUACAAUGAGAUCAGAACUGGGUAAAAUAUCUCUUGACAAAGUUUUUCAAGAAAGAGAAGGUUUAAAUAUUAGCAUUGUUGAGAGUAUAAAUAAGGCUAGUGCAGCAUGGGGAAUAGCCUGUCUUCGUUAUGAAAUUCGUGAUAUAAGACUGCCAGAACGAGUUCAUGAAGCUAUGCAGAUGCAAGUAGAAGCAGAAAGGAAAAAGAGAGCAGCCAUUCUUGAGUCAGAAGGAAUUAGAGAAGCUGACAUUAAUAUAGCGGAGGGUAAACGACAAGCAAAAAUUCUUGCCUCCGAGGCUGAAAAACAAGAAUUUAUCAACAAAGCUAAUGGUGAAGCUGAAGCUAUGCUUGCAGUUGCAUCAGCUCGUGCAAAAGGACUGAAAAUUAUUGCUGCUUCUUUAGAUGAUAGGCAUGGAAAAAAUGCAGCUGCACUCACAGUUGCAGAAAAAUAUAUUGGAGCAUUUGACAACUUGGCUAAGACCAACAACACAUUAAUUAUUCCAAAAAAUGUUGGGGAUGUAAGCAGCUUUGUAGGCCAGGCAAUGGCUAUUUACAAGCAUGUUGCAACAGAUCAAUGGUCUACUCCUUCCCCACAAGCACCUAUGAAUAUUGAUAAACAACAACCUGUUCCUCAUGAAAUAAAAGCUUCAGAUGAUUCUUAUGAAUAUUUCAGUGAUAAGGAUGAGGCAGAAAGUCACAAAGAAAAAGCCAGAAGCAAGCAAUCUCCACAGACAACAUAA